AUGCCAGAACUGACGGUGACAUCGGAGAUAUAUGAGGAGUAUGAUUAUAAAACUAAAAUAUCACCCAGCAGUGAAGGAAAUGUGAUAUCAGAGUUUCCAUUCCUUUUGCCUAAAGCUGGAAGCAGCGCCACUUAUGAUGAGGAUGAUGACCUCGACAUCGAGAGGCCACAGAAAGAAGUUAUUAAAAUUGAACACAGUUCCAAAACUAAAAUCGCGCUAGUAGGCCUACAAGUAUGGCGGGGCGCGUUCCUCCUCGGUGAUUGGUUGAUACACCUCGGUCUGAAGGGGGAACUGACCAAUCGGAGCGUGUUGGAGCUCGGCGCGGGAACUGGACUCACCAGUUUUGUUGCCGCUUUGUAUGCUAAGAAAGUUAUUUGCACAGAUAUCAACAUGGGCGGUAUACUAGACCUAAUUAAACUAAAUGCGAAGUAUAACAAGAAAUUAUUAAAGUCACAAUUCAAAGUAAUGCCGCUGGACUUCACUGACACCGCGUGGAGCUCCGCCUUGUUGACUGAAGUCAAACAGGCGAGCAUCAUUCUUGCUGCUGAUGUAAUAUACGACGACGAUUUAACAGCAGCCUUCGUGUCAACAAUACAGAAGAUAUUAAACACUGAGCCACCCAAAACGUUAUACAUGGUACUCGAAAAACGGUACGUGUUCACGAUAGAGCACCUCGACUCCGUGGCGCCCUGUUACGAGACAUUCCUCACUCUGCUAGACAAAGUCAAGACAGAAAACGCACAUUCCACGUGGAACAUACAACAACUACCUCUAGACUUCCCCAAGUAUUUCACUUACGACCGUGUCAAAGAUCUCGUUCUAUGGAAAAUCUCAUCUACACCUAAUUAA